GUGCGAAUCUGGAAAAACAAAAAACAAAAAACAAAAAUCUUCUGGAAAAGCAAGAAGAAGAGCAAGUCAAUUUAUCUUCUUCAAUUCGUUAUUUGCCCGGCGGGCCUCGCCAUUGUUGAUUAUAUUCCGACGAAGAUGGAUACAGUGGUAUAGUCCGACGGCCCGGCCUCUCCAUUUCUAUUUUAUAUGUCUGGAGAUUAUUAUCAUCAUCCCGCUGCUAACUUCACUUUCUCGAAUGGAUUCGAGAAACUCCAAACUGAACAUAUCCGGAGAGAGAGGCUGAGGGUCCAAGGGUUUGAGCCGGCGCCGCCGCCGCCUUUAGUUGCCAUGGAAGAAGAGCAUCAUCAGUCGACUGGGCUUCACCAUCAACAGAUUUACGAGACCACCGGAAUGUUGUCAGAAAUGUUCAAUUUUUCUUCGCCGGAAAACCCGGAGUGCUAUCGUUUACGGCCGCCUCCUGAGUGGCACGGGAACCGACACGGGACGGCGGCCGACAUGCAACUUUUCCUCACGAACCCAUCCCCGCCUUCUCCGCCGCCUCUCCAAGACUACUACGCCCAGCGCGGGGGCAAUUUCGGUCAUUUCACAAAUUCCGAAAUCGGCGGCGUUAAUGUUGUGGAAGGCCGGGGACUAUCGUUAUCACUCUCUUCCUCCUUGCAUCCCAAGGCGGCGGAGGAAUUGAGGAUGGGCGGCGAACACGGCGGAAUGAUAUAUUUUAGCCAAGGGGGAGGACAAAAUUUUCUCCAAACGCGACAUAAUCUGCCGGGCGGCGUAAAUGUCGGUCAAAGCAAUCCAGUCAACGACGGGUCAAUUGGGUCGUCUAUGGGAGUGGUCAACGCGCUCCGAAAUUCCAAAUAUGCCAAUGCUGCUCAAGAAUUGUUGGAAGAAUUCUGCAGUGUUAGCCGCGACCAAUCGACGACGGUCGAUAAUGCCACGAAACUAACCGCCGCUUCCUCCGCCGAUCAAAACCCUAAUUUAGAUAAAACUAUUCCGCCGAGUUCCGGCAGUAAAGCCGCCACUUCUCCACCUCCAUUAUCUGCCUCCGAUCGAAUUGAGCAUCAAAGACGAAAAGUCAAACUGUUAUCCAUGCUUGAUGAGGUGGACCGAAGAUACAACCAUUAUUGUGAACAAAUGAAGAUAAUUGUGAACUCAUUUGAUUUGGUGAUGGGAUUCGGAGCAUCGAUGCCAUACACGUCUCUCGCCCAACGAGCAAUGUCUCGACAUUUCCGGUGCUUGAAGGGCGCCAUUAGCACGCAGCUGAAGCACAGCUGCGAGCUUUUGGGAGACAAAGACUCGGGCGGGACGUCGUCAUGUCUGACAAAAGGAGAGACUCCAAGGCUUAAGAUGCUUGAACAAACCCUAAGAAAGCAAAGGGAAAUUCAUCAAAUGGGAAUGUUGGAACAUGAAGCUUGGAGGCCCCAACGAGGCCUACCCGAACGUUCAGUCAACAUGUUGAGAUCUUGGCUCUUUGAGCAUUUUCUACACCCGUACCCCAGUGAUGCAGAUAAACACCUCUUAGCUCGACAGACUGGUCUCUCCCGUAACCAGCUCUGCUUGAAGAAGCGAUCUUGAAGAGAGGAAAAGCAGAAGAACACAGCCGGCUUCUGGUGUCCAAGAGAGAAGAAGUCAGCCGUCGCCGGUCAAGUCGAUCAUAGCGAUUAGAGAGCAGCUUAGGCUGUGUCUCCGGCACUCCGGCGAGUCAGCGAGCAGUUUAGGCUGUGUCUCCGGCUAGUCGGCGAGCAGACGGGAGUCGACGACGUCCGGCAAUUUGGCGUCAGGUCCGUGAAUGCGUUUUGCGUGAUUACUGAUGCCCGGUAGUUUGUAUUGCUACGGAGCUGCACUUCUUUUGCUAAAGUUGGAGCUGGACUGUCAUAUUGUUUGGGCCAUAAUAUUUCUACCCUGGGCCAGUUUAAUAUUUACACUGGACCAAUUUACAAAAAAAAAUUUAAACUAUAUAUAUAAUAAAAAAAAUAAAAAAAAUUGCCCUGGGCCAUGGCCCAGCCAGGCCACCCCCUCCCUCCGCCCCUGGUGCUAGAUGUAGUGCAUGCAGUAGUAUAGCAAAUUCAAUAAAGACAGCAUAAGAAUUAAUUUCAAAUAAAAACGGGAUAUUUUGAAUUUUGAGUAUUUAAUAUAUUGGAGCAAUUAACUGAAACAAAUAUUUGGAGCAAAGAGUGAAGGUACAUAUUAACUUUAAAAAGUCUAGAGGGAAGGUCUAGCCUGUUGGAAGGCUGAAUGUUUGGAUUGGACUGUUGGAUGUUUGCUUGUUGUUUUUAUGAGUUUAAUAUAAGCAUUUUUCAGUCCAAAAAUUGAAACAAAUUGAUAUGUAUAAAUUUAUAAUCGUCUCAUAUAUAUUAAAAGCAACAACUAACCGAGUUACGCAAAUCAAACAUGUUUUUUUUUUUGGACAAUUCUUUCUAACCUAUAUAGUAUCUGCUCAAAAUCAAACAUGUUAUUUUGGGUUUCGAAAAGCCAAAUUUCUAGGUGUUUGCUCUAAAGUAUUAACCGCUAAACUAGAUCGAGCACGUUGGGUAGCCAAUCUUUAGUUUAGUGGUGUUUGGAUGUACUUCUGAAUGGUUUGUGAUUCUUUGGAGAGCAUAAACAUACUACAUAUAUUAUAGUGUUCGCAUAAAAAUGCAGAAGUACUUCUGAAUACUUUAAAGGUAGUUUCUAUGGUACUCAUAAGGUACCGUACCUUUGUCCACAUGGACCAAUGAAAAGGUAGCAGUUGAAUUAUUUAAAUCUAAAUUAAAAUUGAUAAAGUGAUGUGGUCCAAUCAAAUGAAUGCUAGGUACGGUACCUCUGUUUUUAGAAAGGUACCGGAGUUGUCACCUACUUUAAAUUGCUUUUACAAGCUAAUUUUACGCAAUUAGAGGAGAUCGACUUCUGAAAAACUGUUUCUGAUUCUGCUUCUUUUAAUAUUUAUUUCUUUAUUUUAUUAAUAAAAUAUAUUUCAAUUUUUGUAUUCAUAAUUCCGUUGAAUCUAUCAAAUCAACCGUUUACAUCGUGCAUAACCAAAGAGCCUCGAGCUCAAUUUGAAAACAAAAAUAACACUUCAAAUUGAUUAAAUUAACAAUUAUAAAUAAUGUUUCUACGUACAUUUCAAAAUUCACUACAUACUCAAUUUUGCUAUAUAUUGUGGUCGUCUUUGCUUGUGAAUUCUCUAACAAUUGUACUCCGCAUUAGUUUACAAUAAAAUAGUUCGGAAUAAUUUGCUUUAGUAUAUAUGAAUAAUUGAAUUCAUUAUACAUUCCAUAACCAUUUUAUUUUAUUAUAAAAUAAUUAAUAAAAAACAUAUAGGCAUUAUUUUAUAGGCAUUAUAUUUGGAAUUAUUUUAUAGGCAUUAUAUUUCUCAGGUAUCGAACUGGUUCAUAAAUGCGAGGGUUAGGUUGUGGAAACCCAUGGUUGAAGAGAUGUAUCAACAGGAAGCCAAAGCAAAUGGUGGAGCUGGAGAAAAGAGUACAGACAGCAACAGUACCAGCAUCAGCAGCAGCCCCAACAGUGGGAAUCAUGUCACUGCCCCCACACCACCAUCACCCACUACUGUCACUAUCACUGCACAAGUUGGUGCAUGCAAAAGAUCCGAACGGAAUUGUGACCAAGAAAAUGACCCUUCACUCCUAUCAUCAGUGACCAAUUUCCCCGAAGACCGCGCCGGAUCGCCUUCCGGUAGCGUUUUGAGGCUCGGAACGACUGGCAGCUCCGGUGAUGUUUCGCUCACACUGGGGUUGCACCACCACGGAAAUUUGCCGCCGGACAAAAAAGCAUGGUCCUAGCAGUGGGCCCAUCUCUCUCCGAAUUAUAUACUCCUUACGUCCAACAAAAUCUUUAUGACACGAAGGGAGUAUUGUUGUACAACAUUCAUUAAGAAUUAUGAAUAUAAAAUCAACGAAGUGAGAUAAAGUAACAUGAAAAAAGAUAGGGAGAGAAGACGUUUUUACUUGAGCUUUUUUAGUUAUGUGUUCAUCUUUGUGUCGCAAUUAUAUCUACAAGACAAUUAGACAAACGCGUGAUUAAUCACACAAAAUUGAUAUAGAGAGUAUGAUUAUGAAAAUUGAUAUAUCGUGCAUAUUUAUACACUUUGAUUA